AUGGCGAGUCGCUCGGCGGGGCCAAUUGACAUACGCAGAUGGGUGUCCACCUUUGUAAUCAGUGGGCCCACCUUUCCGAGCAACUCGUCGAACACCUCCUUGCUCAUCCUGAAGUACCCUCUGAAAAAGGCGGUCAUCGAGACGGAGCUCCUGGACGAGAAGGUGGUAUUCCCCCCUUUCUCAAGCCGUAGCCAAUCAAAAACCGCGCAUACGCUGGGAGAGAUAGCGGUAGCGAAUCACCCUGUAUUAUUUGAUGUGACCCUGUUCACCUACCGGGAUAGAAACCAGAGGAACCAGGCAUGGAAGGAGGUGGCAGAGACAGUGGGGGAAACUGACGAAGUGUGCAAAAAGCGUUGGAAGUCCCUCAGGGACCGAUACCGCAGGGAGAGGAUCCUGGAGAAGGAAGGGAAAAGUAGCGGGGCAGGGGCUUCCGGGGGAUCUAAGCCCUGGCGUCUCGCGGCAGUAAUGAGCUUUUUAAAGCCCUUCAUGCUGGACCGUGAGACGUCCAGCAAUUUCCCCCGGCAACCCCUGCCUCCACCCACCGGAGCAGAAGAAGAGGAAGACUCUAUGGGUGACAGCCUGGAUGACAGUCUGGAAAGCCAGCCAGAGCCAGGUAGCAGUCAGCCGGCCAGUCAGCCGGCCAGUGUGCCGGCCAGUGUGCCAGACGGUGUGCCAGACGGUGUGCCGGCCAGUGUGCCAGCAUUCCGGGGGAAGAAGAGCAGGGGAAGGGAGAUGUCCCCUUUUGAGGAGAACCUGCUGUCGGCCGUAGGCCCGAUGCUGGCCAUGCCACCACCAGUGGUGGAGGUGGAAGACGAGGACCUCCUUUUUUUAAGGAGUCUCUGGCCUGCAAUGCAAAAGCUGAGCAGGACGAGCAGCAUGAGACUGAAAAUGAAGCUACAAGAGGCGGUCCUGGAGGCCACAGAAAUGGACAUUAAUAAUUAAUUAAUUAAUUAGAUACUGAUACUGAUACUGAUCCACAUUACAUCUUUUUACACUCAUCACUCAUCACACACAACAUCACAUAAAUAAAAGUUAUUUAAAAGUAUGUUAUGGCUAUACUGUGUCUUGACUUGUUCAUGUGGUUUGUCAGUUACAACAUACCAGGAGCUUCUUGUAUGUCGAUAUAUAAUGUGCUGUCUUCUGUAAUUAUUCAGGUGAAACC